AACAAAACCAAUGAAAGAAUUCGAUCUAUACAAAUUGCAUACCAAGCAGAACCGUUUUGUCCUAAACCAAUCAUCACACUAGACGACGUCGUUUCACGUGUGAUAUUUAGGUGGCUGUCCCGUUCCUGGAACCCGGAGCUUUUUUUGUUGUGAUAUAUCCCGUAAAACCCUAAACAUAGUCACUUCAUCGUCUCCUCCACUGUAUCAUUCAAUCUCUGUCUUCCUUCUUUUUAGCGACCUCGUCUCCAAAGCUCACAAAUUUUCUACCUUUCCGGAGUAGAGAGAAAGAUGCAAGCUUGUUGUGGUGGUAAUUCGAUGGCUUCUCUUCAGCAACCUGGACGGGUUCAAGGAUCUGUCUUUCCCCCAAUUAUGCCUCCAGUGACCAAAUUUUCUCAGCAGUUGAAGUUCAAUAUUUCAAAACCUUUCCGUUCUUCAUUUCUGAAAAGAAACCUGGUCUCUGAAAUGAGAGCAUCUUCAGUCUCGCUACCUAAUGUCGAGAUAAGCAGCAAAGAAAUCCCUUUUGAGGACUAUGGUCUUGGUGAAGUUGAUCCAGAGGUCCGAACCAUCAUCACAAAGGAGAAAGAUAGACAAUUCAGGAGCUUGGAGCUUAUUGCAUCUGAGAAUUUCACGUCUCGAGCAGUUAUGGAGGCGGUUGGCUCAUGCCUUACCAACAAGUAUUCUGAGGGACUGCCUGGUAAAAGAUAUUAUGGUGGCAAUGAGUACAUUGAUCAGUUGGAGACGCUUUGCCAGAACCGGGCUUUGGCAGCCUUCCGCUUAGAUUCUACGAAAUGGGGGGUUAAUGUUCAGCCGUUAUCUGGUUCACCUGCAAACUUUGCUGUCUACACUGCGAUACUUAGCCCUCAUGAUCGGAUCAUGGGUUUGGAUUUACCUCACGGUGGUCAUCUGUCGCAUGGGUUCAUGACCGCUAAAAGGCGUGUAUCUGGAACUUCAAUAUACUUUGAGUCCAUGCCUUAUCGACUUGAUGAAUCAACAGGCAUUGUUGACUACGAUAUGCUCGAGAAAACUGCUACACUUUUCAGACCAAAGCUUAUUAUCGCAGGAGCUAGUGCAUACAGCCGAGAUUUUGACUAUCCUCGCAUGAGGAAGAUCGCAGACUCAGUUGGUGCUUUUCUGAUGAUGGAUAUGGCUCAUAUCAGUGGGCUUGUGGCUGCUUCUGUGGUAGCUGACCCUUUUGAGUAUUGUGAUAUUGUUACAACAACAACUCACAAGUCUUUGAGAGGUCCGAGAGGUGGCAUGAUCUUCUUCAGGAAGGAUCCAAUUAAUGGGGUUGAUCUUGAAUCUGCCGUGAACAAUGCUGUCUUCCCUGGUUUGCAGGGUGGCCCUCAUAACCACACAAUUGGAGGAUUAGCAGUCUGCUUGAAACACGCACAAUCACCGGAAUUCAAGGCGUACCAGAAAAGAGUUGUGUCUAACUGUAGAGCUCUAGCUAACCGAUUGGUUGAACUCGGGUUUAAGCUAGUUUCUGGUGGCAGCGAUAACCACUUGGUUCUCGUCGAUCUUAGACCCAUGGGUAUGGAUGGUGCGCGGGUUGAGAAAAUCUUAGACAUGGCAUCUAUUACUCUCAACAAGAACUCUGUCCCUGGGGACAAAAGUGCGUUGGUACCAGGGGGAAUAAGGAUAGGAUCCCCCGCGAUGACGACAAGAGGACUGUCAGAGAAAGACUUUGUAGUAGUGGCUGACUUCAUCAAGGAAGGUGUGGAGAUAACAAUGGAAGCCAAGAAAGCCGCGCCGGGUUCAAAGCUUCAAGAUUUCAACAAGUUCGUGACAUCUCCUGAGUUUCCAUUGAAAGAGAGAGUGAAGAGUCUAAAGGAGAGAGUGGAAACCUUCACAUCUCGUUUUCCCAUUCCUGGCGUUUAAGCUAUAAACACACACAGAUAUGCUCUUGUUGUACCUUAAUUAUUCACCUUUUUCAUCUGUCUUUUAGGGUUUUUACUUGCUUGUGUCCCAAGUUUAAAGUUACAGUUGAAUCGAGAGAAAUUAUUUUCAAAAAUAAAUUUAUUUGUGGAACAAUGAUUCGUCUAUGUUCCCAAAUCUCAAUCAAUAUUUAGUAUAAUCAGUUGUUG